GGAGUUUGAAAAGAGACAGGGCUGCUUUAAGAGAGAAACAGGAAGUUGUAACUAGAAGCCAUCCGAAUACUAAGCCAGGGCAGAAUGCUUGUGAAGUAGCAACUACAGUGGCAGUGUUUCUUCUGAAAUUCUCAGGCAAUCAGACUGUCUUAGGCAAAUCUUGAUAAAAUAGCCCUUAUCCAGGUUUUUAUCUAAGGAAUCCCAAGAAGACUGGAGAAUGGAGAGACAGUCAAGGGUUAUGUCAGAAAAGGAUGAGUAUCAGUUUCAACAUCAGGGAGCGGUGGAGCUGCUUGUCUUCAAUUUUUUGCUCAUCCUUACCAUUUUGACAAUCUGGUUAUUUAAAAAUCACCGAUUCCGCUUCUUGCAUGAAACUGGAGGAGCAAUGGUGUAUGGCCUCAUAAUGGGACUAAUUUUACGAUAUGCUACAGCACCAACUGAUAUUGAAAGUGGAACUGUCUAUGACUGUGUGAAACUAACUUUCAGUCCAUCAACUCUGCUGGUUAAUAUCACUGACCAAGUUUAUGAAUAUAAAUACAAAAGAGAAAUAAGUCAGCACAACAUCAGUCCUCAUCAAGGCAAUGCUAUACUUGAAAAGAUGACAUUUGAUCCAGAAAUCUUCUUCAAUGUUUUACUGCCACCAAUUAUAUUUCAUGCAGGAUAUAGUCUAAAGAAGAGACACUUUUUUCAAAACUUGGGAUCUAUUUUAACAUAUGCCUUCUUGGGAACUGCCAUCUCCUGCAUCGUCAUAGGGUUAAUUAUGUAUGGUUUUGUGAAGGCUAUGAUACAUGCUGGCCAGUUGAAAAAUGGAGACUUUCAUUUCACUGACUGUUUAUUUUUUGGUUCACUGAUGUCUGCUACAGAUCCAGUGACAGUGCUGGCCAUUUUCCAUGAACUGCACGUCGACCCUGACCUCUACACACUCUUGUUUGGAGAGAGCGUGUUGAAUGAUGCAGUGGCCAUAGUCCUUACGUAUUCUAUAUCCAUUUACAGUCCCAAGGAGAAUCCAAAUGCAUUUGAUGCCGCAGCAUUCUUCCAGUCUGUGGGGAAUUUCCUGGGAAUCUUCGCUGGCUCAUUUGCAAUGGGGUCUGCGUAUGCCAUCAUCACAGCACUGUUGACCAAAUUUACCAAGCUGUGCGAGUUCCCGAUGCUGGAAACCGGCCUGUUUUUCCUGCUUUCUUGGAGUGCCUUCCUGUCUGCCGAGGCUGCCGGCCUAACAGGGAUAGUUGCUGUUCUCUUCUGUGGAGUCACACAAGCACAUUAUACCUACAACAAUCUGUCUUCGGAUUCCAAAAUAAGAACUAAACAGUUGUUUGAAUUUAUGAACUUUUUGGCGGAGAACGUCAUCUUCUGUUACAUGGGCCUGGCACUGUUCACGUUCCAGAAUCAUAUCUUUAAUGCUCUUUUUAUACUUGGAGCCUUUCUAGCAAUUUUUGUUGCCAGAGCCUGCAACAUAUAUCCCCUCUCCUUCCUCCUAAAUCUAGGCCGAAAACAGAAGAUCCCCUGGAACUUUCAGCACAUGAUGAUGUUUUCAGGUUUGCGAGGAGCGAUUGCUUUUGCCUUAGCUAUUCGGAACACAGAAUCUCAGCCCAAACAAAUGAUGUUUACCACCACGCUGCUCCUGGUGUUCUUCACUGUCUGGGUAUUUGGAGGAGGAACAACCCCCAUGCUGACUUGGCUUCAGAUCAGAGUUGGUGUGGACCUGGAUGAAAAUCUGAAGGAGGACCCCUCCUCACAACACCAGGAAGCAAAUAACUUGGAUAAAAACACGACGAAAGCAGAGAGUGCUCGGCUCUUCAGAAUGUGGUAUGGCUUCGACCACAAGUAUCCUUUGAUAAUAACGAUCUCACAGAUCCUGCUGCAGGCAGAGAAUUACUUUAAGCUGUUAAUCGUUGAAGUGUGCACUCCUGCUCUUCAAGAAACACCAAAAGUAUUCCUUAACAGGCCUCCCAGAUAUCUGAAACCAAUUUUAACCCACUCUGGUCCUCCGCUGACUACAACAUUUCCUGAAUGGUGUGGUCCAAUUUCCAGGCUCCUUACCAGUCCUCAAGCCUAUCGGGAACAGCUAAAAAAGGAUGAUAUGGAAUGCAUUGUAAACCAGGAUGAACUAGCCAUAAAUUACCAGGAGCAAGCCUCCUCACCCUGCAGUCCUCCUGCAAGGCUAGGUCUGGACCAGAAAGUUUCACCCCAGAUGCCAGGCAAGGAAAACAUUUAUGAGGGAGACCUCGGCCUGGGAGGCUAUGAACUCAAGCUUGAGCAAACUUUGGGUCAAUCCCCGUUGAAUUAAUUGGCAUGAAGGGUACAGAUGUAAUCACAAGUAAUGCAAGGCUCACUGAGGAAUACGAGCCAAGCUGAUGAGGCAGUAUAGGGGAGAGGCUGGAAAACGUAUUAAGAGCAUAAAUUGUAGAGAAUCAAAGCCUUGUCACAUGGAUCCUCUGGUGCCUGAAGAAAUGAGAUUUUAUUAUCCCUCUCUAUUAUGCAAAUGAAUUUAGUUUUUUGACAGCAACCAUUUUGAUUACUGGAUUGACUGGGGUGGGGAUGGGGGUAUCAGGAGUCUAGCUGCUGGAGGAUGGGACAGCUGUGCUGGGUCUUCAGGGCAUUUCUGCUGCGUAUGCAGCUCUCCAGGCCCUUCACUUCUAUUCUGGAUUUCAUUCCCUCCAUUAAGGAGAGUUUAAAAAUAAGAAAAGAAAGCUUCUGAGAGUAAACAUUUUGCUCCUAAGCUGAAGGGAAUGUACAGCUAUUUAGUAAGCGAUAACUUUCUUAUUUUGAGGACUUCACUCCCAUUUGCUCUCAGUGACCCCAGGGCAGAGCCCAGACAAGUGUUCCAUACCCACCGCUGAUGGUUUCCCAGAGCCCACGCUGAACUGAAGAACCUAUUGUUCUUGUUGGCAUCCUUCUUACGCUACUUCUCCCAUCGCUCAAAGGGGUUGCCUAUGGCUGGGUGUGCCCUGCACUAAAUGCAGCACCACUUUCAAGCUUGGUAGGACCAUUCCAAGAAAACCAGUUUCUUCUCCCCAUACCACAUUGUGCCUGAAGAACAAGGCUUCCCGUCCUUGCCUGCAUGUGAGUCACUUCUUGGCUGUGCAGCAGGUCCCCCCCCAUAUGCUGGAAGGUAGGAUUCUGCAGCCUGUGUUGCUCUCUACCUGGCAGCAGACUGUGCAGGAGCCCCAACCUGUCCUCCAAUUCCAGCAUUCACAGCUGAUGAGCAGUGCAGGAGCAGGGCGAGAGGAACAGAGCCAAUGACGUGUGGGUUACGCUGAGGAGCCAAGGACAGGGCCUCAGGACUCCCCCCUUACAAGGCGUGGCUCAUGGCCUACAUUCCAGAGACCAACACGAUAGCUUUUAAUUCAGCUGCAUGACCUGUGCCUUUUAAGCCAUAAAGAUACCUCAAGCCUAGCACCUCUUGAAAUCCAGAUGUUCAUAUUAGACUCCAAAAAAAUAGGCUCCAGGCCUAGGUGCCCAGGCUAUGAUGAGUCUGCUUUUGAAGGAGGUAGGGAAUGACAUCUUCCUUGGACCCAAAGCUUAAAAGUAAUGUAUGCUUUGCUGACCACUGUUGUUAGGCCUUCAACAUUCACUGUGGUGGUAUCAGGCACACUGCUAUGUGCAUCAAUUUUUUUGCUUUCCAAACAGAAUCUCUGGGGCACAAGUUGUUUUAUACUCAAGCUAAGUAUAACUUUGUCAUUUCAGGUAAAUAUGACAAGUGGUGGAGCAUGAAGUUUUCUAAUUUGACUUAAUCCUAAUAAAUUUUUGUUAUAAUGUA